GAGACGGCGCCGUCUCCCCCUGCAACUGCAGUGCCACAAGAGCCGCCAGAGCCACCAGAGCCGCCAGAGGCGCCGGCCCCUGCCGCACCUCCACAAGAGACCACUGAGGAGGCCGAGGGGACAGAGGUGGCCGAGUCUUCGAAGGCUCAGGAGCUGCCGUUUCUUCCCAGCGAUGCGGCCGAAGCCGGGAAGAAGGCGCUUGCGCCCCACUGGUCGCAGCGAGGUGGGAAGUGGCAGACGCGGGGGUCGAGGCUCAGCAGUGACGAGGAAGGUGAGCUCGAUGAUGACGAGGAGGCACAGCGCCGGAAGAUCGAACGGGCGCAGCGCGCGGCAGAGCGACGCGCCAAAUCCGGCAAAUUGAAGGAUGCCGUGGCGCGGUUCCAGUCGGAUGAGGAGAGCCAGGGCCCAGCAGGACCCCGGCUUUCGCCCCGUAGUGCGACGCUCUUUCGCCUGGCCGGGGAGCUCCAGACGGCACCGGCCUCCGACGCGGCCACGCUGCUCGGCAUCCUCCAGGAACUGGAGCGCCUGCCGGCUACUGUCGAGCUCCUGAGGCAAACUCAGCUCGGGGUUAUCACACAGCCCUUCAAGGACCACGGGGAUCCCGAGGUUCGCGCCUUGGCGAAGCGCCUGAGGCGUACCUGGAAGGACUUGAUCGCCACGGCUGCGGGCGAGGCUGCCGCAGCAAUGCCACCAGCGCCGCCACCGCCGGAGACGGAGGCGGCAGCGGCAGCAAGCGCGGUGCUUUCGAGGGAGCCUCACCACGGCAUGGCGCCUCUGAUGCCGGGCCUGGAGCAGGAGGCAGAAGAGCUCCUGCAAGAGCUGGAGGAAGCCACCUCGCCAGAGCGCCGUGCUAGCGGCGGAGUGCGAACGGCCAAGGUCGGCGGCACAGACGAUGCCGACGAGGUCUUCGGUCCCACCCCGCGGCACGAACCAAACGACCAUGUCGGUUCGCCCCAUCGUCGCCCGCGCCCCAAAGCGGUGGCAAAAGCGUCUGCCGUGGCCGAUGCUGACGAGGUGUUUGGGACAACGCCGCGACAGGACGCUUCCGGCUACCAGCACGCGGAGCAGCCUCCAUCAGCAUCCGUGCCUUCCGAAGCCAAGAAGCCCAAGUUUGCGGCCUUGCCGAAAAUGCCAGUGCAGGCCAAGGCACCUGUGCAGCCAGCUCUGGGAGAACUGCCGGACCCUCUGAGCAUGCCAGCGCAAACUUCGGUUUCAGUCGAUGAGACGUGUGCAGCGCCACUGCCAGACAUGUCAGCAGAUAGCUCACAAGCAAACGAGAGACACGGGGUGCCGGCUGCUCUCAAAUCAGCCCUUCCGCGGGCCCCCACAGCCUCAGAACCUUCAGCAGAGACCGCCGGCUAUCAGGAAGUUUCCCGAGAAGCACCGGCAGCAUUGAAAGCCCCGCUUCCAAAGGCUCCACUUCCGAAGGCGCCCGUGCCUGAAGUGCAUCAGGCUGCAGCACCUGCCCCUCCAACGCCGCAUGACCCUGCACAGGCUGCGGCGCCUGCACCGCCAACCCCCCAUGACACUGCACGGGCUGCGCCCGCGCCUCCAACGCCGCACGACACUGCAUGGGCCGCGGCUCCUGCACCGCCAACGCCCCACGACACUGCGCGCGCUGCAGCGCCUGCACCUCCGACACCGCACGACACUGCGUGCGCUGCAGCGCCUGCACCUCCCACACCGCACGAUACCACACAAGCGAUGUUCGAAGCCCCAGCCGUUGACUCCCACAUGAAGGAGCAGACAGCUAUGGCUCCAGUUCCGGACCCCACUCCUACCACCCCUGUCACUGCUGCCGCCCCUGCCCCGCCAACCGCGAUGCCUGAAGCUCAGAAGCCAGCGCCGAGCGAGAAGCCCAAGUUUGCGCCGCUGCCGUCAGUGCCAAAGCUCCCUCCUAAGCCCGUGGCGCAGCCGCCCAAGCCAGCAGUGCCGGAGGCGUCCGAGGAGUCCUCGGAGGAUGAGUUGAUCCCAGCGACUCCGCAGGGCCCUCCGGAGGAGGUGGCAGCUCCGCAGCCGCCCCUGCCCAAAGGACCGAUGCCUUCCGCCGGCUAUCCCAAGAAAGCAGCACCACCUCAAGCGCCGGGGCCACGCGUCAAUGCAGGGCUCCCUGCAGCCGCUCGCCGCCAGCGGAUGGAGCUGGUCUCCAACUUGCAGUGGCUGUGCCGCCUCUUCUUGGAGACGCGAGAACAGCUCUUCGCAGCGCACGAAGGCACCGAGACAGAGGCCAACUGUGAGGGCCUCCGGGAGGAGUUGGACGCAGUGCUCUUCCGCCGCCUCCUUGAGGAGACGUUGACUCUGCCGGAGACCGCUGCCUCUCCCAAGUCGCUCAUCCGGCUCUUAAGGAUCCCGCUCCCGAGCCACGCCAAGUUCGUCCCAAGAGCUGCAUCAUUUGCAGUCGGACGGGCCGUGGUCUCUGCCCUCUGGGCGCGGGCGACUAUGACGGGGACCUUGUCAUGA